CUCUUUAUAUCUCUCUCUAUCCCCUAUCUAUCUCUUCUGCUCUUCUCUUCCCACUAUCCUUUCUUAUAAGCCAAAUUCACCACUGAUCUGAAUCUCUUCUCUUUUGUUCUUCUGGGAAGGUUCUUGGUUGCCAGUGGAGAGCAGGAGUGACGUCGUACGUUGAACCAUCAAUCCUCUUCCUCUCUCUCUCUCUCUCUCUCUCUCUCUCUCUCUCCAGGGGUCAAAGUGGAAUCAACAGGCUAAUUCUCUCAGGUCUUCUUCUUCUGCCAAGUCACGGAAUUAAGUAGCCUUCUUUGAUUCCUUCUUCUACCUCACAGAUCUAAACAUAUAUGGAGAUCAGCGAAGCAAGAAAAGACAGUAGUAAGUGCUUCGCAGAAGUGGAAGAAGAGGAGCAUCAGUUUCUCCCACCAGUCUCCUCUACUUCUCCCUCUUCCUCCUCUGCCUUCGUUGUCCACUGGACCGACGGUUCCGAACCAUCCCCUUCAUCUACAACUGAACCAGCGGCUGCUACGGUCGAAAAGGAGCAUAUGUUCGAAAAAGUCGUCACACCAAGCGACGUCGGUAAACUGAACCGUCUGGUGAUACCGAAACAGCACGCAGAGAAAUAUUUCCCCUUAGACUCUUCUACUCAUGACAAAGGUCUUCUUCUCAACUUCGAAGAUCGCAACGGCAAGCCAUGGAGAUUCCGGUACUCCUAUUGGAACUCAAGCCAAAGCUACGUCAUGACUAAAGGGUGGAGCCGUUUUGUGAAGGAGAAGAGGCUCGAUGCAGGUGACACCGUCUCCUUCGGCCGGGGUGUCGGCGACGCUGCCAGAGACCGACUUUUCAUUGAUUGGAAAAGGCGGCCCGACCCGCACUACGACCCGCCCGCUUCUCUCCGCAUCCCUCGCUUCGCUUACCACCCCACCGCCUCACACCAUCCUUAUCUCCCCUUUCCCCGCUCGUCCACCGUCCCAUGGGCUACCAGCCGCUUUUUCGCCCCGAGUAGUCUGGCUACCAACUAUUUAUACUUCCGCUCCCCUCAGCCCGGCCCGCAGCCCGAUCGCGGCCCUACUAUACCCAUGGUGCUUGACUCCUUUCCGGUGGGCCAAGCCAAAGCCUCAGGUGCGACCAAGCGGGUUCGUCUCUUUGGCGUUAAUCUUGAGCCGCCGCGUGAUGCAGAAGAUGAUACCGAUGGAGCGGCAGGGUUGCUUAAGCUUCAGCUACGCGGUUCUCUUCCCUCUCAUGAGCUCCGUCUUGGUGGCGGCGGCGGCGGCGGCAGCGUUCCGUCGUCUUCUUCUUCAUCUUCGUCCCGGGGAGGGAAAGACGGGCUUAUCAUCAAUUCUCCAUCAUUGGAUCUCGACAUGUGACUAGCGUUAGAUGGGACAAUUAAUUCUUUCUUUCUUGCUUGUUUGCUUGCUUACUGUUUAUUUGCUUUGGAAAAAGAGCACUAGUGCUGAUUAUUACUUAAAUUAUGAGUUGGAGUAUUUGUUGUGGAAGAAAUGAAUGAAUAGAAGAAUGUAACUAGUUAGAUCACUUUCUCCUCCAUGAAUCCUCCUUUAUUUCAAUUGUAAAUACAGCACUCUUCAAUGUGUUAUUAUUAACAUAUAUAUCUCUUAAUUUAUUUAUUUUAUAUGUUCGAAAUGCUCUGCGUUUCAACCUGGAUCGAUGGAUGUUUUUCAGGAGUUAAAGGAGAAGAGUAAGAUGGCUGACUUGUAUCUUCUUAAAGGAAAUGGACCGUCUAAUCCGUGAAGAUGAAAGCCAUGAAUGCUCCCAGUGCAGGUUGCUGGUAGGCUGUAGCUGAGCAUAUGAGAAUUAAUUGAGAUAUACAUAUUCUCUGAUUUACGGGGAUUUGUGAUACGAUAUAUAGCUUCUAUGCUUGCAAUAGAGAGAGGAACUUACUAUUUUUCAACUUUUGUUCAUAGAUCAGAAGCAUUCUGAUGUUUUUGCCUUUUCAGAUUAGUAAUAAAUGUCAGCCAACAAAGAUUGGUUCAUGUUCAUUCAGGUUGACAGUAGAGAUUCCGUCCUUUGGCUUCUGUUAAUGAGCCAGAUUUGAAUAUCUAAGCCAUCAAUAAGAUAUAAAUCAUGUUGUUAUACAGAAAUCAGACUUUGCAAAUGAAGUUUUCUGUGAAUUAUUGGUA